AUGUACGCAUUUGGGGCACAAACUGUACACCAGUCCGAUCCACCUGGACGCGGAGCGCCAGUGGUUAAUAUUAAUGGACAAACGACGUAUCACGUCUCUAACCCGGAAGGAAUCUCGAAUACGCUUCUUCUUGGGCAGUUGCUGAGAUUUGCCCCGGAUCUAACAGACGAUGACGUUUGUGAUCAAUUAAAAAAGACAAAAAUGUACACAAACAUGUCACAUAAAGCUGCGUUUGAUGCGUUAACCGCGUUCUUCUAUAAUUACAUUCGCCAGUACAACGACUUGGCGCAAAUGUAUUAUACAAUUAUUGAACGGCAACAGCUGCUUGGUUUGGAAGGCAAACCAAGUGAAAAUUACUUGCUGAAAAUUGUUGAUGCAAAAGAUCUGAGUCCUGAAUUAAGGCAACAGUUGCUUCCUAAGGACCUUCACGAAAGGCAGAUCAAUAAACCCGAAGUUGCGGAACAUGCCGUUGUUUAUAUAAACGAUGAGAACGGUAAUGUUAAGCUUCCGCCCGGUAUGGUUGUGUUCAGUCGAGGUCACCAAUCGGCGAAGUACAAGGCUUAUAUGCCUGAACUUGACGCCUUUCUUUACCCUCUUCUGUUUAUACAUGGCGAGCCAUACUUCCACCGACAUCUUCCAUUGCGAGAUGUUGGUGAAGAUGACAUACUCCCAGAGCCUCGGCCUGGAGAUGACGAUGAGUUCGUGCCUUUUGAGGUGAAUGUCGCGUUGAAUCCGCUUCCAGCCGGGUUGAAAGAAAACGAGGACGACAUUAACAUAGAAGAAUUGGAAGAAGCGGCCGACGAGAACGAUCUUCUUCCCAAGAAAACAAAGCCAAAGGCAAAGAAGUGCUCUUUGCGAAUGCAAGUCAAGUAUAGGCUUCAGCGAAGACCUCGAGAUCGGGGAGUUCAUCGAAUUUAUAACCACUAUAAACUCGGUGGCCGCUGGAUCUGCCAAAAAGCCUUGGGAAUCGAAGAACAGGUCUUUGAUUACUACGAGAAAAACGUCAUACCCAAGCGACGCGUCGACGCUAAAUAUGUCCGCGAAAACUUUUCGGAACUUCUCAAGCAGAAGUCCAAAGGCUAUCAGCUCGGUAAGCUGACCAGGAUGCCUCCAGGUCACCGAUACAGCCGUCGCUAUUAUCAGCGACAGUAUUCGAACUGUGUAGCAAUGGCUCAGACAUUGGGUUCGCCCAGUUUCUUCAUAACGUUGACUGCAAACUCAGAAUGGCCCGACUUCCUCCAUCUAUGCGGAAAUAAAGGAAUUGAGCCGAAGAAUGCAUACGACAUUCUAAACCGAGUUUUUCGGCAAAAGGUUGUCGAACUCAUGAGGCGUAUCGCGCCUCCGCAGAAAGGACAACAAGGGUGGUUUGGGCAAUGCCUAGGCUACUACAUGUCUUUGGAAUUCCAGAAAAGAGGAAAUCCACAUGUUCACUUGCUCCUCUGGACUGAGCACAAAGAAAUGUCGGCCCACGUUGUCGACGAAUUUAUAUCGGCCCGAUUUCCAGACCCCGUCGCCGAUGCUGAAGUUCAUGACAAGGUUCUUCGGUACAUGAUCCAUGACUGCAAAGAAACCGAUCUGUGCCGGGACAAAAACGGAAAGUGCACCCGGCGCUAUCCUCAGGAAAUUGUUCCGGAAACCAGAAUUGGCCCUGGAUAUGUGGCCUAUCAAAGGUUGGAGCGUGGAAAGGACGUCACAGCCCCAGUCCAUUCCGGAAGUAAAAUGGUGGACAGCGUUCAACGCGUCUACAACGACCGUCAUGUUGUACCAUACAACAAGACUUUGCUCACAUGGUGGGACGGUCACUCAAACGUUGAGGCUGUGUGCACCAACGGCACCCCCGCAUACGUAUUAAAGUAUAUCUUAAAGGGGAAUGAUCAAGCUAUCGUUCAAGUCAUUUCUGAAUUUGAAGCUCUCGAAGCUCAGAAGCAGAAAGAAAAGGAACUUGAAAAAGAAAGACAAGCAAAGCUCGGCGAGGACCACCCGUUCGAAGAGAAUGAGAUUGACCCCGAGAAAAAGAAUAAUACCGAGAAGGUAUAUGGCAUUGAAAUAAAUCCAAAGACUAAGAACGUGGAUAUUCAUGAGCCCCAAUUCUACAUGGGCGCAAAUUACAUCACGCCCCAAGAAGCUCACCUUCGCAUUUUCAGCUUCGGGCCUGUCUUCGUCUCCCACAUUGUGGAGCAAAUUGGCAUUCACAUGCCCGGAGACAGCCAUGUUUACGCGGCUGACGGAGAGCCUAUCGAAAACAUAGCACAAAGAGUCAGCAACCUGAAUCCUAAUGUGUAUUCCCGGUUGACCGCAUACUUUGAGUACUGCGCAGAAAACGCUGAAGAAACAGCUGAUCUGACGUACGUUGAAUUGAACAGAACCUAUGCGUACGACUACAAGACAAAGACGUACAGAAAGUACAAAAAACAAAUGAAAAAGAUCGUGCAAUUGCGCGAAGUCUCGGUGAAGAACAAGGAGUUAUUGGCCUUGAGAUCAAUUAUUCUGACCGUUCCAUGCCUCAAGAGCUUCGAAGAGUGCCGAACGCACGAAGACCAGAUCUUUGCCACGUUCUUGGAAGCUGCACAAGCUCGAGGACUCUUCCAUUCAGAUGUCCUCUGGCGACAUGCUCUUGAUCAAGCCCGGGGCCGCACAUGUAAACACUUUGUGUUUUUGUUUGCCCAAGUACUAAUUGAAGCAGGUGAACUUAUUGAAGACCAGCUUCAACUGUGGAACGACUACAAGAUCCACAUGUUGAUGCCUCCGUUCCACAGACCCAAUAUGCCGGAUGAUGAAAUUAGGCAAAGGCAGGAGCGUAGAGCUUUGGAACUUCUCAGUUAUUACCUCUCCAACAUGGGUGGGAAGUACGAGUCGUUCAAUUUACCACCACUAACUGGAACUUACGAUCCAGACGUUCACGGUGAGAACGAGGACUUAUUUAUCGGUGAGUUCGACAGCACUGAUCGUCCUGCUGAGCCUAAAAAGCCUAAGGUCAGCUUUGGAGAUGAUCAGCAAUACGCAUUCGACAUGAUAACGAAAGCAUUGGAAUUGGCGCCUCAAAACAAAGCCAUUCCACACCGUCAAUUCUUCUUACAUGGAGCAGGCGGAACAGGGAAAACAACCCUUUACAAUGAGCUCAUUGACUAUUGUCAAGAGCAGGGCAUCAAGCACGCAGCAACUGCCACAACUGGCGUUGCUGCGAACUUAAUUAAGACCGGGCAGACUCUUCACAACCUGAUAUGGGCCCCGAUUAAUCUUGACUCGGAUACUCUUCCGACACUAAAGUACGAAGAUCAAAAAGCCCAACGUCUUCGUGAACUUGGCUUAUUGAUCAUCGACGAAUCAAGCCAGCUUAACGUCGAUCUUUAUAACUAUUUGCAACGGCUCUUACGUCACGUUCGAAAAGCGGGCGACAUUGACCGUCAAUUAGUUAUCGUGUAUGGCGGCGAUUAUCAGCAGAUAUUGCCAGUCUGCCCUGAUCUAUCGAUUGGUCAAGAGUGGACAAAGUCCUUAAUUUCAAAGGCUUCUGAGAUGCAGUACAUCGUACUGAAACAAAAUCACAGAACAAGAGCCGAUGAACGGAGCUACAGACAGUUUCUCAGUGAGAUUGGCUCCGGGACUAACUUCAGUUCAACAUUGUCCUUGAUAUCUCUGAGGCAUAAGCUUCAUCCAGAGAUACACAACCACACAAGUCCUCAAGACAUGAUCGAGGCUGUGUUCCCUCGGAGUCACCUCCAGUUGGGUCUCCAAGAUAGACCGACGGCAAUGGCUAUCUUAGCUCCGAGGGUUCAGACUGUAAUGAACCUGAACACAGAAAUUCUUGACCGUUUCCCCGGUAAAGAACAUGUAUACGUCUCGGUAAAUACCCCGAAUCCCGAGGAUGUCAGUAACUUUGACCAUACUGUCAUCGAAGCAAUGCAAGAACAGAUUUGCAAAGUAAACGACGGCAAUAUGCCUCCCGGAGAACUCAAACUCAAAGUUGGAGUUGAUGUCGUUUUGCGCAAAAACUUAUCCGUUCGAACAGGCUUUUCGAACGGAACAAGAAUGCGCGUAGUUGCCUUGAACAACGACCUCAUUGAGUGUCAAAAGAUUGACCCGAACGGCAAUCUUGGGCAAACCGCCCUGAUCGCUCGGAGUCGGUUCGACUACCGACCUCCAAAGCAAUCUAAAGCUGGAAUCCGCUUUACGCGGUAUCAGUUCCCGUUGCAGUUGGCCUUUGCGAUGUCGAUUAAUCGUGCGCAAGGUCAAACUUUGAACAUCGUCGGUUUGUACUUAGACGAUCCAGUCUUCAGUCAUGGCCAGACGUAUGUGGCGCUUAGUCGCACAAGAAGAGCUGCAGAUAUCCACAUCUACUCUCACGUCGAUACAGACGAGAUUGAUAAUGUGGUAUACGGGCGAGUGACAGAGUUCCUGCGCGAUCUCGAUAAAAUUUACGAGAAUCAGAAGUCGAAAUACCCUCAGAAACCUGCUGGGAAAUGA